GAUUCACGCGAGGGUAAGCACGUGAGCCGGUGAGGCUUCAGAGUACAACCCGAGCUCCUCCACUGCCACGAAUGCCCUCCUCACCGCUUGCCGACAGCGCCGCAGAGCUCGCGACAAGUCCAGCAGCGCCGCCUCCACAUCGUCCCACUGCGAGCCGGCAUCCCGCUCCACCACGCGCACCAAAUGCGCUCGCAACGCCCGGACCCCGUCUGCGGCCGCCGCAGGCUCCGCACACCUCGCUCUCACGAGGCGACACAGCUCGUCACACCCCAACGUGCCGCCCCGCAGCCUCACCUCCUCGGCCCCCUCUGGUGACCAGAGGUGGCGGCGCACCCAGCUGAGACGCCCAAUCGCCGCCUCGAGUGUGUCAGCAGGCCCCGCGGCCGCCAGUGGGUCGCCGCCGUCCCCCGCCCACGCCGCGCAGGCCGCGGCGAGUCCUCGCCGCCGCUCGUCUCGCCCUUCGCCCGCGACGAGCGAGGCGGCGCGGAGGGCGGGCAUCCUGCCCGCGGCGUCCUCGAUCCACAAGUGCGCGAGGACCACAUCCGCGAGGCGCGCCGCCGCGGGCCGCAGCCGGAGCAGCGUGUGCAGCGCCCCCGCCCACUCAAAGGGAGGGUCCACCUCAAGGGUGAUCGUCAGGUGCGCUGACGAGCCGCCGGCCGCGGCGACUGCGCGGUGAGGCCAGCCGCGCGGGAGGGAGAGCGCGUCACCGGGCCGCAGCUCUGCGCCGACGCGCGGGCGCACGCCAGCGAUCGCGGGCGGGCGGCGCGGCGCGCGCAGCCGCGGGAGCGCCUCGCCGCAGCCGGCGCUCCACACCUCCCACCGCUUCGCGCCGGAGAGCUGCAGCACCAGCACGUCGUGGUCGUCGUAGUGCGCCGCAAGGCCCCGCGCGCUCGGCGGCGUCACGUACAGGUUCGCCCCAACCUCGCUCGCCGGCCCGGCCGCCUACCUCCCCGUGUCCG